AUGAACUGGAAACUAUUUUUUAAAAAUCAGUUCCUGAUUGGUAUAGCAAAUUCGAUUCCAUUUACAGGAAUUAUGAUUCUUGAGCUGUUUACAGAAGAUAGAAUUAUUAAUUCAUAUGACAUGUUUUUAAAGGAAGCCUGGUUCCCACCGAAAUGGGUGUUUUCAAUCAUAAGAAGUGUGGUGCUAUCAUUAAUUGGAUAUUCUACAUAUCGGUUAUGGAUAAUCGAAACAACUUCAAAGUGUUCUAAGAAAGGAGUUCUAGCAUUUAUUUUUUAUGGAAUUCUUUUACUUCUUGAUUGGUCAACAAUUUUUUUAAGCCCUACAAAAUUGGACAUUGCUGCCUAUUAUUAUAUAGGAUUGAUUUCAUUCGCACUCAUUACUUCGAUGAUUUUUAAACAAAUUGAUAAGUUCGGUCAUUACUUCUUCGUUCCAUACAUUUUCUGGCUGACCUUAAUGGGAAUUUUGCAUUAUCAAUUAUAUGUCAAUAAUCACGACGGGAAAUGGUUUUCAAAUCACGAGCCUUUAAAGCCAACAAAUGAGACACAAAAUGUCACGUUUAAAUUAUUAAAUGAAUCAUUUCCAGGAAUUUAA